AUGGAUAGAGAGGUGUCCGUUCGAGCCGAUGUAAUCGAGCAUGUGUUAAGAGAUGGAAUCGCGUUGUUACCCGGAUGUCGCGAUCGACAGGGUCAUCCACUCGUCGUUUUCCCCUCACGCGAGCCGGCUGUGAACCCAGAUCAUGUGCGGAAUAUUCUCUUGUAUUUGCGAGAGGUUUGCGCAGACGAUGCUCGAGAUCGUGGCUUCAUGAUUGUGAUCGACAUGCGCGGAAAGCAAACGUGGAACAAUGUGAAACCGAUGCUUAAAGCGAUAAACUGUCUGGUCGAUGGUGGGGCGGCGAUCGCGGGCGUUUUCAUCAUCAAUCCGGACAAGCUCGGCGAGAAGUUGAAAACGCAGAUUUCUUCGGGGUUUUGUAAAUUUGAGGUUCAAAAAAUCAGCGUCGACACUCUGAACAAGUACUUCGAGUCAACUCAAUUAAUACGGGAACUAGGCGGGUCUUUUUAUUACGAUCAUGACGAGUGGCUGGAGACGAGAUUGGAGCUGGAGCGCUGGAUUGGUAGUAUUAUUGAGGAAAUGCGAAGGCUUGAGCUUCAUAGAAGGCAAAUUUGUGAAGCCGAAUCGCCAGUUGAUGUGCCGACAGCGCAAGCGGCAAUUGAAAAGCACACCACGAGUGUAAAGCGCGCAAUUCUCAAUGUGCCAAUUGAUAUCAUUCAACAGAAGGCUCAAAUUGUACAAGAAAGAGUGCUACGAAAUGGUCGUCCUCCAAACCCGGAUCUCGAAGCGGCUUUGCCAAACUUGGCUAACCUUGUCGCAUCGUUACAACAGCUGAAAAACGAAGUCUACAAGUUGUGGGAAAAUCGUCGAAUCGAAUUGCAGACGACGGUCGAAUUGAAACUUUUUGAAAGAGACGCUGAUCAACUUCUAAGCUGGCUUCGAGAGAUGAGCGUCAGCUUGCAACGAGCGAUGGGCGAUGUGGGCACCAACGAGACAGAAGCAAGAGAAAAAUGGAGACAAUUUGAGGAAAUCGUGUUGAGUGUUGAGACUCGAGAGGAUCGUCGUCAGAAUAUCGCCGCGUUGGCUGGCCGCAUUUGCGCCACAAUUGGGCCGAUGAAGAACCGGGUCGAAAUGGCAGCUGCUCGAGUGAACAAUGAGUGGGAGAAUUUGAAAGAAUUGGUCAAUAAAAGAAGAGAUCUCAUCAAAAUGGCCAUCGGUUUCUAUAAAGCGGCUCAAUCGUACUCAAUUGAGUUGCCGAAUUGGGUUCAAACGCCAGGCGUUGACCCAGCGACAAUUGACGGCAAUUCGAAUGAGCAAAUCGAGGAGGCGAUCGCGUCACACGAGCGUUUUUGGAAUCGAGCUGAAGGUGUUUACGCGGAAGUGGCCGAUCUCAGCUCACAUCUUUUCAAAGCUCAACGAAAUGCGAAUGUUUCUGAUCUGGCAUUGGGUGCUGGCAUUCCGAAAGAGCAUUUUAUUUCAAUACAACGUGAACACAAACGAUUGGCGGAUGCGUGGAAAGCGAGAAAGAUUCAUUUCCAUCGAAUGCUUGCAUUGAUUGCUUUUCAAAAGGACAUUCAAUUGGUGGUUGAGUGGCUUGAACAGCACGGGGAACCAUAUUUGGACAAAACGAUGGCCGUUGGUGACAACUACGAAACGGCAAAACAACAAUGGGAUAAUCAUUUGCGCUUUCAGCAGAUCGCCCAGAACACUUAUACAAAUGCUGAGAAACUUUUUGAGGCCAGCAGAGAAUUGAUAAACUCAGGAAUCGUGGACGCUCAGCGCACACAACUCCUCGUGGUCGAGCUCUCCGUUCGAAUCGAUCGCUUCAAGGCUCGGGUUGAAGAAAGACUGCAAUUGUUGAAGAUCUCUUAUCUCUUUCACACGCACUACAUGGAGAUCACAAAGUGGUACGGGGAAAUGGAGCAGAAGUACGCGGAUCGAGCAAUUGAUUCCGAUGUUGAACAAUGCGAGUCGAACAAGAAAAACUGGUUGCUCGAGAGUGAUGGAACGGCUCAGGCCUAUGCAACAACGAUUAGUGAGGGAAAGAAGCUCGUGGGCGCGCUGCAGAGGUACGGCCAAGAACGAGGGAUCGACUACGCGAAUUCUGUCAAUGCUGUGAAUCGAUUGAUGGGUGAAAUUGAUCAACGAAAUUCUCGAAUCACAGAGCACUGGCAGAGUCGGCGUUUCCUUUUGCAAGCCGCUGUCAAGUUCGCGAAUUUUGUCACCGACGGGAAAGAUAUUUUGUCGCAAAUUGGGAAUUGGGAGCUCGACAUGCGAGAAAUGGUAAAUUCGGCGACUUUUGUGCAAAACGCUGAAAAAGUGCAGCCAUUGCAUAGAGAAAAUACGAUACAGGUGAAAAGAGCGGUGAGAAGUAUUCGGCUUUCUGCGCAAGAGUUGAUACAAGCUCUUCAAUCACAACCGGAGCUUCGUGAUUUGCACACAAGAAGCGGUGAACGAGUCUUGGAAACGGUGAACCAACUUGUGCAUGCGUUGGAUGAGAGCGAGAAUCGCGUGAUGCAAUUAGCCAAUCAAACAAUGGAGCGAAUCGACGCGGCUCGAAAAUACAACGGAAUCAGCAGUCUCGCCUAUGAAAUGACGCAAAACUUCGAGAAAGAGAUGGAUAAGUUCUCGUUGGCUCCGGUUCCAUCAACGCUCGACGAGACGGUUUUGAUGAGUGAAGAGAACGAGCAACUCAGGCAUAAAAUCGAGAGAGAAAACGCACGAGCGGCGCAAAUCUUCUCGCAAUGCUCGGAGGAGUUGAUACGAACGAGAGCCAUUGACAGGAAUCUCGUCGUGGCGUUGAAUGAGAAUGUGAUGUCCUCAUGGAGAGCUUUAUUAGCAGCAUCGGAAGAGCGAAACAAGUUGCUGAAAGCGGCUGGGAGUUGCUUCAAGACUUAUUUCCAUGUUGGCCCGAUCCUCGACCAAUUAGAAGGCGAUUAUGAUUCGAGUCCGGAGUUGGAUCUUUGCAUGGCGUGGAUCGGCGAAUGUGGAUCGGUUCGAGCGGCAAAAGUCGCUGAAUUGAUCACAAAGCAUACCGAGCACAAAGAGAAAUUCUUGAAAGGGUGUGGCUAUGCGCAGAAUACGUCGAAUCUUUUCCUUCGUUAUGUAAGCCGAUUGCAAGAAAGUCUUCGCGAAAUGAUGCAAACGCUGAAAAGACACGAGGAAACGAUCAAUAAUAAUACGGAGAAUUAUCGGGAAAAGCAAGCAAAGAUCUUUGAGAUGUUGCGCAUGUUGAGCCGACACGAGGAAGCAAUCAACACCAAUAAGGAGAAUUUGCGAGAGAGGCAGUCAAAGAUUUUGGAGCUCUGGAACGGAAAGAAAAAGCAGCUCGACCGUUGCCAGCGAUACGUGUUGACUGACGCGGCUCGGCAAGAGAUCGUCGAUUGGAUCACCGGCGAGGGAGAGGCUGGAUUGAUCAGAUUUACAAGACACGCUCGAGCGAAACUCACAGAAGGCGAUCGCGGCACUAUCCUUGAUGACUUUAAAGGCUUCAAAUUCACUGUGAAAAGUAAACGAAACGAGAUCAAGACGAUCAUUCAAUUGGCGAACGAGACGAUAAACAGCGAUGAGAGCACGACGCAACACGUUGAUGAUUUAAAGCGAUGCAUAAAAGAAGUUGAACAGAGAUACGAGGAUUUCAUUCGACGAAUCAAUAUUUGUGAGGAUGCGUUGCGGAAUGAUGGAAGAGUUUCUUCGCGAGAUGAACUGUCAUUGGAUCGCCAUUCGGACUCAAAUGUUGAAGAGACACUUAAAGCAAAGAAAGAAAUCGAUGGGAAAGUUCGAGAACCAAUGCGAGAACUUUUGAAAUCCGAGCGCGAUUAUGUUGAUGAUUUGGAUCGAUGUUGUAAGAUCUACUUGGCUGAGUAUGAUGCGGCUUCAACAUCAAAUUCGUUGCCGGCCGCGUUGCGUGGACGGCGCUACGAAGUGUUCGGAAACAUUGAGAAAGUGCUCACUUUUCACGCACAAAGCUUUUUACCGGACGUGAGCAAAUAUGAGGAUGAUCCCGAGCAAGUUGGCUGCUGUUUCACCGUUUAUGUCGAUUUGAUCAACGAGCUUUACACGGAAUACUGUGUGAAUAAAGAGCAAAAUAAUCACGUGUUGGACAUGCCGGAAACUAGGCUUUUCUUCAAGGCUGUCCAAGACCGGCACCGAUUGGACAUUAAAGACGAUCUUGGCUCGCUUCUCAUUAAACCCAUUCAAAGAAUCACCCGCUACCGGUUGAUGCUCGAGCAACUGAUGAAACACUGUACAGGGAACAUCGAAGAGUUUAAGGAUGCUCAUGAAAUCGUGGUCGGCGUGCCAAGACGUGCUAAUGAUCUUAUUCAUUUGAAUUGCUUAGAGAAAAAGGAUUCGCUCUCACAUGUUGGACCAUUCGUAAUGCAAGACACGUUAACGAGAGACAGGUUUUCCUCUUCGAGCUGGCGAUCAUUGUCGCAAAAAAGAUUGAGAAUUCCGGAUAAAGCCGAGCGAAAUGCUGGGAAAAGCGUUCGCUAUUUCGUCAAAGGGAAACCGAUUCAGCUAAAUGAGGUGACAAUCGUUGAACACGUUGACGUGAACGAUUCGACCCGAUUUGGCCUUCGUUUAGGCGUCUCCACAUCGAAUGACAAUCGCUACGAUUUGCGAGCCUCCUCCGAUUCUUUGAAAAACACCUGGGUGCGACGGAUUCGCGAGCUGACACAGGGCCUCUACAAGCCUUUGUUCAAUGGUGACGGCUUCGAGUCGGCGCAGUCGCUCUCCUUGGGCACAAGGAGCACCUCAAGAGGAUCAAGUGAUCAUCGAAACAGCCGAGACGCUGAAAGUAUCGCCUCGUCGAGUGGCGCUGGGAAUCUUUCCGAGCACCGGCUUAGCCUUCAGGACACGGAGAGCGUCGGCUCGGCUAGUCAACGCUUCAGCAUGCAGAGCACGAGUAGCAAUGAGGAAAAGGAGCAAAACGGGAAUGACGGGUCAUCAAAAGAAACAGCGGAUCCGAUGGAAACGCGAAAGCACAAAGCACAGAUACGGAUUCUCUCAUCGAUCUCCUCGAAUUCUACACAAGAGCCCAAACCGAUUCAACAGAACGGAUCCACCCAAUCAAAUGAACCACCUGAUCUGAAAGAUUUGAAAAUUAUAAGC